AUGGCCACAGCUACAGAGCCAGUUCCCGGAGCGGAAGAGAAGAAGAUCGAAGCUUCUGAAGCUCCAUCUCAAGUUGAAAAGCCGGAAACUAGUGAGACAGCUCCCGCGUCCGUUCCCGCGGUCGAAGAAAAGAAAGUCGAAGCAGAACCAACUCCAAAGCCAGAAACUUCAGAUGGACCAGUUGUAGUUCCACCUCCGGCUUCAGCGGUUCCAGCUUCGACAACCCCGGAGAAGAAGGCUGUUGCAUUCGAUGGAUCAGCAGAGGAAAAGAGCUCAACUCCAACCACUCCUCUUCAGAAGCUCUUUGCUGAGCUACCUGCCAUCAUCAAAGAGGCUGAUUAUGGCGAAAUGUGGGAAGUUGAACUGCUGGAUGCUGAUGUACCUACCUCUAUUGUACUUGAGAAAUUCCUCAGAGCCAAUACCAAGGAUAUUGCCAAGGCCAAGGCUCAGCUGAUUGAGGCUCUGAAAUGGAGAAAGACAAUGCAACCUAAGAAGCUUUUGGAGACUGUCGAAUUCGAUUCUGAGAAGUUUGGAGGCCUCGGAUAUGUCACUGUGUAUCGAAAGACCGAAUCUCAUCCAAAGGAGAUCGUGACCUGGAACAUCUAUGGGUCCGUCAAGGAUAAACAGGCAACGUUCGGCAAUGUGGAAGAAUUCGUAAAGUGGCGAGCAGCUCUCAUGGAGCUUUCCGUCAAGGAGCUUGAUCUUGCUUCAGCUACUGUGCCAAUCCCCGCUGCUGGCGUCGAUCCGUAUCGAAUGGUGCAGGUACACGAUUACAAUAACGUUUCCUUCCUCCGUAUGGACCCUUCCGUCAAAGCUGCCUCCAAAGAAACCAUCCAGGUUUUCAGUAUGGCUUACCCCGAGCUGCUGAAAGAGAAAUUCUUUGUCAAUGUGCCGGUAGUCAUGGGUUGGGUCUUUGCCGCUAUGAAACUAUUCCUCAGCCCAGAGACCGUCAAGAAGUUCCAUCCUUUGUCGUACGGCAGCAGUUUGGCUGGAGAACUAAAGGGCUGGGGCCAGGAACUCCCUACCGCUUAUGGUGGUAAGGGUAAAGAUAUUCAGGAGGGCUUGACCGUGAAGUAUGGAACUUCCUCUGGUACAGCCAUUGAAGAUGCACCUCCAGCUGCCACUGAGACUACUGAGAAGAAGUAA